CGGCUUCACCAAAUCUCGAUCCGUAAUUCCGGUUCUCCGCAGAUCUACUUCUCCCUACACCAACUUCCCCAGCUCUUCAAACCGACCGAGAAUCUGAGGGCAGGAGCCGAGGAGAUCAAAGCAAUGUGUUGUCAGGAGAUUCACUGCGGGCAAUUGUGGGCAGGUAUUAUCACGAAUGACAGUAUCGGGCUCAUUGAGGAGUACGCCGCGCUCACGACCAGCGUGGCCACCGGAUCCCUUCCCAGCACCGGCCGCAAGUGCGAGUACGCCCAGGCAGUUGCCGGCACAUUUUCCUCUGCUUCGCCGCUCUCCUCAACAGCCCUGGACAAUCCCCUCGCAAAUGCUCCCAAUACCGUCUGGGGCGAGCGUCGUGCUUUUGCCUACUAUCAUGAACGCGUGGCUCUUUUCGUCGGGGGGGAUCUGGAUGUCGACUUCUGGGGCACGUUUGUGCCGCAAUUGUGUCAGGGGGAACCGGCCGUAUGGGAUGCCAUCAUCGCCAUCAGUGCCCUCUUUGAGACUUAUGAACACCCUGCCAGUCCUGUCUCGGUACAACUAAUCGAUCAACCGCACGGUGAUGCCUUGGCCUGGUACUCGCGCUCCGUGACUGCCAUUCGCCAGCGGAUUGCGCGCGGGCAGGUUGACAUCUUCGUCGGACUGAUCACUUGUGUGCUGUUCAUUUGCGUCGAAACUCUCCAAGGACGAGAGAAGGCAGCCUUGCAGCUCUUCAGCCAGGGGUUGCAGCUCGUACAAGCAUUGCGCGUCCAAAUCGCUUCCGGAAUGGUUCCAGCCAGCAAAGCAGUUGUGCUUGAGAAUGCAAUUGUUCCUAUCUUCGUUCGUCUCGGGGUCCUCGCUUUCAGUGACACCGCGCCUCGGAUGGACAGUCUCUUAGAAGCUGCUGCCCACGUCCCGUCAGUUGAAUUUCCAUCUCUGAGGUGCGCUCGCGAAGCUCUCACCAUUCUGGGUGCGGAAGCUCUUCUCUUCGAACGCCAGUGCCUGGAUCAAUUAUCGCAAUCAGACCGCUUUCAUGUCACACCAGAGCUGAUCAACAUGCAAGCGAGAUUUUGGGACAGACUGGACAGGUGGGAAACCGGUUUCAAGAAACACCUAGAUGCGCUCCAUCAGAAAAACCCAUUAACCCAGCACCAAAUGGUCAAGAGCGCUCUGCUCAUCGCUUACCACAAGACCACCCUGAUUCUUGUGACGAUCUGCGUAUCUUCCUUACAGACCAUGGCCGACCACUGCCUUGAAGGGUUCCAAGUCAUUGUCGACCAAUGCCGUCUUGCUCUUGACACCUCCAGACGACCCGACGGCACGCAGCCCCCCUUCACCUUCGAUCUCGGGGUGGGCCUGCCCCUCUGGUUCACAAGCCUACGAUGCCGCGAGCCGCAUCUCCGCCGUGCGGCUGUCGAGUUGCUGCGUCGGGCGCCUCCCGUCAUGGGCUUCUACCGGUCCACCGCGGCUGUCAGCUUUGCGGAAAAUAUCAUCAUGCUGGAGGAGGGGAACGCUAUGGCUUUGCGACCAACAAUCGGUUAUGACGUAUCUAUCGCACAAGCUUGGGAUUGUUCUUCCGCAGAUAGCAUGCAUGGCGAGAUCGUGGCUGCGGAAAAUACCCAUACCCUCUCUGCUGUCUUAUCAAGACAUGAUGCACGACUGGGGCUCACAGACAUUCCGGAAGAGGCACGUAUUGGACCGAUCCAUCCGGUGCGCCAGGAUGAUGACUCACCACCCAACACCAUGCAAGAUGAGGUGAUGGACCCUGCAUCUAGGAAUGAAGUGACGGGGAUGCGGUUUACUCGAAAUAAGCGAGAUUGGGUGCGGGAUACAUGGCAGAGAGUCCACGAAUAUCUUCCCUUGUAGUUGUUUGUGUUACGGAAAUAGAAUUCCCUGGUGAGUCAUAAUACAAGUAUGUCUGAUGGAUUCACCUGAGUUUAUGGAGAGUACGAAGUAGUUUGCUUUUGAUUUGACGACUAUCUUAGGAUCAUGAAAAUUAAAAAUAGGUGGCUGACAUAAUACCUGG